AUGAUGCUGGGCCCUGAGGGAGGUGAAGGCUUUGUGGUCAAGCUCCGUGGCCUGCCCUGGUCCUGCUCUAUUGAGGAUGUGCAGAAUUUCCUCUCCGGCUGCAUAAUUCAUGAUGGGUCCGCAGGCAUUCAUUUCAUCUACACUAGAGAAGGCAGGCAGAGUGGUGAGGCUUUUGUUGAACUUGAAUCCGAAGAUGACGUGAAAAUGGCCCUUAAAAAGGACAGGGAAAGCAUGGGACACCGGUACAUUGAGGUGUUCAAGUCCCACAGAACCGAGAUGGAUUGGGUGUUGAAGCACAGUGGUCCCAACAGUGCUGACACUGCUAAUGAUGGCUUCGUGCGGCUUCGAGGACUCCCAUUUGGAUGCACCAAGGAGGAAAUUGUUCAGUUCUUCGCAGGGUUGGAAAUCGUGCCAAAUGGGAUCACAUUGCCUGUGGACCCUGAGGGCAAGAUUACAGGGGAAGCCUUUGUGCAGUUUGCCUCGCAGGAGUUAGCUGAGAAGGCUCUAGGAAAGCACAAGGAGAGAAUAGGGCACAGGUAUAUUGAAGUGUUUAAGAGCAGUCAGGAAGAGGUUAGGACCUACUCGGAUCCCCCUCUGAAGUUUAUGUCUGUACAGCGGCCAGGGCCCUAUGACCGUCCAGGUACAGCCAGGAGAUACAUUGGCAUUGUCAAGCAGGCAGGCUUGGAUAGGAUGAGGUCUGGUGCUUACAGUGCAGGCUAUGGGGGCUAUGAGGAGUACAGCGGUCUCAGCGAUGGCUAUGGCUUUACCGCUGACAUGUUUGGAAGAGACCUCAGUUACUGUCUCUCCGGGGUGUAUGACCACAGAUAUGGAGAUGGCGAGUUCACUGUCCAGAGCACCACUGGACACUGUGUCCAUAUGAGAGGGCUGCCGUACAAAGCUACAGAGAAUGACAUUUACAACUUCUUCUCUCCUCUCAACCCUGUAAGAGUCCAUAUUGAGAUUGGCCCUGACGGAAGAGUUACGGGCGAAGCUGAUGUUGAGUUUGCCACUCAUGAAGAAGCUGUGGCAGCUAUGUCCAAAGACAGGGCCAACAUGCAGCAUAGAUACAUAGAACUUUUCUUGAAUUCCACAACAGGGGCUAGCAAUGGGGCAUAUAGCAGCCAGAUGAUGCAAGGCAUGGGGGUGUCAGCCCAGUCCACUUACAGUGGCCUUGAGAGCCCAUCUGUGAGUGGCUGUUAUGGAGCUGCUAGCUACAGUGGCCAGAACAGCAUGACUGGAUAUGACUAA